AUGGCUAUUUACCAUGGUUAUGAAACAUUUGUGAUUCGUGAAGGAUUCGCUGGUCUAGUGAAAGGAAACCAAGAGAGCACAAGCAAUGAGACGCGAGCUAAAAUGAACCCACGUAUGGUCAAUGACGUGCCUCUUUCGUAUGGAUGUGGUGACUUUUUCCGUCUCGGUGAUCUGGAGGAUGGUGACUCGAAUUAUCAUAACCAGUACAUCAUUCAAGUUGGUUGGGAUGACGUUCGAGGGUGGGAGAACCAAGGCGGUACCUUGAUUGGAUCUGCACGUUGCAAAGAAUUUUUGCAAAGAGAGGGCCGUCUGAAUGCAGCGUACAAUCUCAUCAGUCAUGGAAUUUCUUCGCUUGUGAUUUGCGGUGGUGACGGCAGUUUAACUGGUGCCGAUAUUCUUCGACAGGAAUGGCCUUCUUUGCUAGAAUCACUCAUUGACCAAGACCGGAUUUCAGCAGAACAAGCGCAUUCAUUCUGUCAAUUACACAUUGUUGGUCUAGUGGGCUCUAUCGACAAUGAUUUGACAAGCACGGAUUUGACAAUUGGCUCUUCAACAGCCUUGCUCCGCAUAUGUGAGGCUCUCGAUGCAAUAUCCAGCACAGCUUCUUCACAUAGCCGUGCAUUUGUUGUUGAAGUUAUGGGUCGACAUUGCGGAUGGCUAGCACUCAUGGCUGGCAUUGCAUCAGGCGCUGAUUAUAUAUUCGUACCUGAACGCCCACCACCAGACGACUGGCGUGCACAUCUUCGCGAGUCAUUGCUUUCGAUUCGCGAUAAGGGUAAACGAAAGUCAAUUGUAAUCGUUGCAGAAGGUGCCAUUGAUCGGGAGUUACAACCCAUCAAGGCAAAUAUGGUGGCAGAAGUUUUAUCGCAAGACUUGCAUUUGGACACUCGCGUUACUAUGCUGGGGCACACGCAGCGAGGUGGGCUUCCGGAUGCAAACGAUCGUAUUUUGGCCACUCUGCAAGGGAUUGAUGCUUUAAAGGUGCUUCUGGAGGAUGAGCCAAGUAAACCAGCGUAUAUAAUUGGAAUUCGCGAGGGGAGAAUCAAACGCCUUCCGUUGCGCGAAUCGAUCGAGCGAAACAAUUUGCUUCCAAAGGCAAUUGCAGACAAACGCUUCGAAGAUGCACAGGAUGCGCGUGGGACUGACUUUCGUGCUAGUUUCGACACAUUCACUUACAAUGCCGCCGCGUCAUCUGCCCACCACAAGCCAAGGGAGGCAUUAUGCAUCGGUAUUAUGCACGUUGGAGCACCAGCUGGUGGAAUGAAUAGCGCUACUCGGACAGCUGUUCGCUUCUGCUUGCGCCGCGGUCACACAGCCUUGUUGAUUCAUAAUGGAUUUUCCGGUCUUCUUAAGGGCAUUAUUACCAAAGCAAGCUGGCUUCGAGUGGAUUCAUGGGCAACCUCUGGUGGUUCCGAAUUGGGUACAAAUCGCACAUUACCGAUUGAAAACCUCGAUGGUGUGGCAGAGCAGUUGCAGAAACACAACAUCCAGGCACUUUUGAUCAUCGGAGGGUUCGAGACCUUCACCUCCAUAAAAAUUUUGAGUGAGGCUCGAUCAAAGUACGCAGCAUUUCGAAUCCCCCUUCUUGGCAUUCCAGCAACAUUAUCAAAUAAUGUGCCCAUGAAUGAAAAUGCAAUUGGUGCACAUACAUCACUCGAUGUUAUGGUGAAUGCUUGUGAUAUGAUUAUCCAGUCUGCGUCAGCGUCUCGGAAUCGUGUUUUUGUUGUGGAAGUACAAGGCGGUCAAUGUGGUUUUUUGGCAGUUAUGGGCGCACUCGCCGUUUCGGCGGCUGUCGUCUAUACGCCGGAAGAUGGCGUCACGUUGCAACAACUCAACUGUGAUAUACAGUUCAUGCGCCGAAGAUUCAACUAUGAUCCUGAAUAUGUCAAUGAUGGUCGCAUCGUGAUUUGCAAUGAGAGGGCUUCCUCCAUAUAUACGGCCCAAACAAUCGCUAAGAUAUAUGGCGAGGAAGGUGCAGGCAUAUUCGACUGUCGCUACGAGCGACUAAGCCACGUUUUGCAAGGUGGCACACCUGCUCCGCUCGAUAGGGUUCAUGCAGCUCGAGUCGCUGUGCAGUGUUGUGAAUUUUUGGAAAAGCACGCUGGUUCUGCCUCGGCAUGGGACCCACCAUCCGCAAUCAUAACUGUGCGUCAAGCCAGCACCAUCAUAACGCCUAUCUCGCAAAUGGUUAAUUCGUCCGAUUUUACUAAUCGACGUGGUACGGACAUAUGGUGGAGUCAUUGCAAAGAGUACGUAGAGAUCAUCAGCGGACAGAAAUUCUUGUAG